AGAGAGAGAGAGAGAGAGAGAGAGACCAUGUAAAGCAUGUUGCCGCUGCUGGCUCUGUAAUGCACUGCGAGCAAGGGAUGAGAGAGAGAGUCACACACACACACACUGUCUCUCCACACGUGCGCACCCACCCACACACAGACACACACACACAAACACACACACACACACACACACGCACGCACGCAAUGAAACUGAGAGUUGCUUUGAUCGGGAGAUCAAGAGACACACACACAUUCUCUCUUUCUCUCACACACAGAGGGAGUAGGGAAGGCAUCCAGGCUGGUGCCUUUUGAAGCAGCAGUGAAAGAAAGAGGAGAGAGGACAGGGGGACUCUAAGGCACCGGACCACUGUCACCUACCGACCAGCCCCCCCCCGAUGAUCCACGGCUACAGCCACUGCACAGUGAAAAGGGGGUUAUGCCAGGAGAGCUUGAAAGGAAGGGAAGAUCCAGCUCUCCGUCUGUCCAUCCGUCCGUCCACCCGUCAUCCUCAUUCCUCUUUUUUUUCAGAGCCGGUAUCUCAGGUCGGACGGUCCCGUUUUGAAUUCUUUCUUUUUCUCUCUCUUUUCUCUUUUUUUGAUGGAGGGAUGUGAAGGAUCAGGUGAAGAAAGGAGGAGCUGCAUUGUGGAUGUCUGAAAGGUUGUGUCAUUUCUAGUUUUUUUGGUUUGUUCUUAUUUCAACGAUCACUUUAUUUCAACGAUCACCUCCUGACUGAAUUGAAGCGUGUGUGUGAGCAGCAGGACUGGAGGCUAUAAGGACUUUGAGACUUAUCUCUGUUUUGAUAUGAUUCGGUCGUCAGGAAAAUUCUAUCCUGUCCUGAAGGAGCUGUGUCAAAGUUAGCUGGAGCUGCAGGGAGAGGAGGGGGCCGUGGGGAGGGCCUGUGGCCCAGGACGAAGCACCCAACCUGGGACGCACACAGGGGGACACUGGCGUAGUGGCUCUUCUCACCCACUGAUAACUGUGUACCUGAAAAUGACACCAUGAGUUUUAUAUUUUCCUGCUGCCAUGGUGACGGAGGGACAGUGACAACAACGUGAACAACAACAAGUGCAAUAGCAGGCAACAGCCUAAAGGAGAACAACAACAGCUAAACCACCAGUGACUGGAACAACACAUUGCAUCGAACCAAACCUCAACUAGUCACCAUCCCACAACUUCUGGGUGAGCCUUUGACAAGGACUCCACCACUCUCACUGCCGUGGUGGUCUCUUCCCUCCAUUCACCAGCAAGAAUCCCCUAGUGACCCCAACUCUGCUACUAUAUUCCUCCAGAUAUUGUUGACAUAACAUAUUGACAUUUCUAUGUCAAUCUAGGAAAGUUUUCUCAAGGAUUCUGGGUAAUCUCCUCCGGCGGUGCGCCGUCGCCCUGGGUGAAAGGGCAGGGGGGCGGCCCACGGUUCCCCCCGACCACAACCGGGUGAAGAACAGGAGCGGGCGGCAAUAUGGCGGCUCUCGCCAGCUCGUUGAUCCGCCAGCGGCGGGAGGUGAAGGACCCCCAGGCCAACCGGCAGGUGGCCAACAAGAGGAAGCCGUGCCCCAAGGCCAACAAGUCCCUGUGCCAGAAACAAAUAUUAUUACUCAUAUCAAAAGUCCGACUAUGUGGCAAUCGAGGGCGAAAGUUAGAAAAAAAACCGGAGCCCCAACUGAAAGGUAUCGUCACAAGACUCUACAACCGGCAUGGCUUCUACCUCCAGAUGCUUCCGGAUGGCACCAUGGACGGCACAAAGGACGAAAGCAGCUCCUUCUUGCAGUUCAACUUGAUUCCUGUGGGACUGAGGAUAGUAGCCAUCCAGAGCACUAAGACAGGGCUCUACAUUGGGAUGAACAGCGAUGGAUACCUCUACACCUCAGAACACUUCACCCCAGAGUGCAAGUUCAAAGAGAGUGUGUUUGAGAACUACUACGUGACGUACUCGUCAAUCCUGUACCGGCAGACCCAGUCGGGCAGGGCCUGGUACAUCGGCAUCAACCGGGACGGACAGGUCAUGAAGGGCAACAGGGUCAAGAAGACCAAAGGGGCGGCCCACUUCCUGCCCAAACUCAUAGAAGUGGCAAUGUACAGGGAGCCUUCGCUGCAUGAAGUGGUGGUGGUCGCUGAGCUGAGUCCGCCCAGAAAAACGGCCAAGACCUCCGAUUCGCCCGUGCUGCAGAACGGCAAGAAAGACCCGCCCUCCAAAACCAAAACUUCCUAGCGCACGGAGAAGACAGGGGGCAAUGGGCACUGACUGGCACUGGCACUGACUGGCGAACAAAGUCUUCCUGUUUUUAUUACAAAGGGUUGUCACCGUCAAAUGUUUCCCCCCUGCCCCACCGAGUGGCGCGUAGAGUGGGCCGUAUUCUUCUAUAUUCCCACAGGUUUCAUCCAUACUAAUGUAAGGUUGACCAAGGAUGUGAAACUUCACUCUAUUCCAUUUAUAGUGCACUAUUUCUGACCAAAGCUUGCACAGGACUCUGGUCAAAAGUAGUGCACUUUAAAGGGAAUUUGGGUGCCACAUGGGACGUGUCCCCAAACACCCUGUUGUUCUCUUCACAUCUGUUACCAGGUAUUCUUUGUCCGUCAGCACCUUUGUGACCAUAGCGAUCCCCUCCAUACUUAAGCAAUGAUGUGGAGGUUCUCUUUUCUUUUUUUCUUUCUCUCGUUCACCUUUGGUGAAAUUUGAUUAGUUUGUGACACGGAGUCAAUUUUCCACUCGGCAGCAAAAAGAGAAACUUCCUCGUUCUUCUCUUGGGCUGUUAACAGCAGCUCUCUACUCAGAAUCUCCCAUACCUCUUGAAAGAGAGAGAGGAACCUCCCCACUGCACUGCAUUGAACUACACACAUAACACACACACACACCCCGCUGAGAGAGAGUGGUGAUUGUGUGCGGGUCAGGGCUUAAGGAAUGGUAAUGAUACCAUCAGUGAGAUGGUGUUGGUCUCUGAGAUUGUGUUUUGCAAUACACCCUCCUAUCACCACAACACAAUGUAUCAUUUCUCUAGCUCAUGCCUUUAGCCAGGGAGAUACAUACUGUAGGGCCCACAGCAGGUCAGUGGCACCUUAAUUGGGGUGGACGGGAGUUCCCAUUCCAAAUGAAAUGUUAGGUCACACUUUAUUUGGAUAAUCCGGAUUUAUGGUCAUACUGUCAACAAACUAUCUGUCGAUGAGCAACUACUUGUAAAGGUUACAAUUAGGGUUAGAAUAAGGGUGCGGGUAAGGUUAGGGUAAGAGUUAAGUUUAGGGUUAGGAUAAGGGUUAAGGUUAAGGUUAGUUAGGGUUAGUGUUUGAGCUAGGGUUAGUAGAUAGUUACAGAUGGACUAUCCAAAUAAAGUGUUACCGCAAACUUUUUCCUACAUAGCCCUAUGGGCACUGAUCAAAAGUAGUGCACUAUCUAGGGAAUAGGGUGCCAUUUGGGAGGCAGAGAGCUAGGGCAGAGUGGUAGAUGGAGGAGAGAUUCACUACUUUAGAGUGAGUGGGCUUGUUUGCGAUGGUGGAAAAAGUACCCAACUUUCAUACUUGAGUAAAAGUAAAGAAACCUUCAUAUAAAAUGACUCAAGUAAAAGUAAAUGUCACCCAGUGAAAUUCUACUUGAG